ACCACCGCCGCCGGGCUGGCAGCUGAGCAGGCAGCCUCCUUUCGUGGCUGCCCCCAUUGGCUGGAGGACGGAGCCGCCACCGCCAACGUCAAGGCGGCGCCCAGCUCCUCGCAAAGCUACUGCAGUGAGCGGAGAUGCCGCCACCGCUGCUGCUGCUCCUGGGGUUGCCUCUUGCACUUGUAGCAGCGACGCCCGCCGCUCGAUCAGAGCUAGUUGCUGCUGCGCGGGGAAGCCCGCGCGCGCCUUUUCUCCCCCCGGCUUGGCGGCUGCAGUGCUCCGCAAAGGACCGCCACUAGCGCGGCUCUCCUCAACCUGGUGGUGUUCCUGGCAAAAGUGGUGGAUGGGGAGAGGGGCGAAAUGGCUGCCUCCCUCCCCGGCCGGGGAGCAGUAGGCACCGCCACCCUUCUGGGGACAGCAGCGGAAGGAAAGUCAAUGCGGCAGCCUCCUCAGUGAGGGAGCAGCGCCGUGGCGGGAGGAGCGAACGACUGACCCGCGUGUCCCACUGCCGACUCCAGCUCGGCGGGCGAAGGUGCCAGCUGGGAAGCCGCCGGCCCCCCCCCCUCCUCCUUCCCCCUCCCCAACCCCGGAUGCCCGUUGCCACUACGCCUGAAGCAUGGGAGCGCUCACCAGCCGGCAGAAUGCCGGAGUGGAAGAGGUGGAUGUCCCAUCCAAUUCCCUCUACAGAUAUCCCCCGAAAUCCGGUAGCUACUUUGCCAGUCACUUCAUCAUGGGAGGUGAGAAGUUUGACUCUACACAUCCUGAAGGCUACCUCUUUGGGGAGAACAGUGACCUCAACUUUCUUGGGAACAGACCUGUACCAUUUCCAUAUGCAGCACCUCCUCCCCAGGAGCCAGUGAAAACUUUGAGGAGCCUGAUCAACAUCCGCAAAGACACACUGCGUUUAGUCAAAUGCACAGAGGAAGUGAAGAGUCCAGGUGAAGAAGUCAGCAAAGCGAAAGUCCAGUACAACGUGGAGUUCACAUUUGAUACAGAUGCACGGGUGGCCAUAACCAUUUAUUAUCAAGCCACUGAAGAAUUUCAGAAUGGAGUGGUGAGUUAUAUCCCCAAGGAGAGCAGUUUACACUCUGAGACUGUCCAUUAUAAGCGAGGUGUAAGCCAGCAAUUCUGUUUGCCUUCUCAUUGUAUUGAUCCUUCAGAAUGGACUGAAGAAGAGCUGAGCUUUGAUCUGGACCGUGAAAUUUAUCCCAUGGUGGUUCUUGCAGUGGUAGAUGAAGGAGAUGAGCACAUGGGUCACUGCCAUGUAUUGCUGGCAACUUUUGAGAAGCAUACGGAUGGCGGCUUUUGUGUGAAACCUCUCAAACAAAAGCAAGUGGUGGAUGGAGUGAGCUAUCUCCUUCAGGAAAUUUAUGGGAUAGAAAACAAAUAUAACAUACAGGAUUCAAAGGUGGCAGAGGAUGAGGUGAGCGACAAUAGUGCAGAGUGCGUAGUCUGCCUCUCCGAUGUCCGAGACACCUUGAUCUUACCUUGCCGCCAUCUCUGUCUCUGCAACACUUGUGCUGACACUUUGCGCUAUCAAGCUAACAAUUGUCCCAUCUGCAGAUUGCCAUUUCGGGCCUUGCUACAGAUCAGAGCCAUGAGGAAAAAAAUGGGACCUCUCUCCCCCACCAACUUCAACCCUAUCAUUGCAUCCCAGACAUCAGAUUCGGAGGAACACUCAUCUUCAGAAAACAUCCCCCCUGGCUAUGAGGUGGUCUCUUUGCUGGAAGCCCUUAACGGGCCUCUCACUCCAUCCCCAGCAGCCCUUCCAGUUCGUGUGCUUAGGGACAGCCAUGUGUCAGGCAUGCUACCCACAUAUGGCAGCGACAGCCACUUGCCUCCCAUCCAGACGCUGCCUUCCCUUGAACGCUUAUCAGAUUGUGGCAAUCAAGGACAUAAAUUAAAGAGCCUUUCCAAGUCAAUCUCACACAAUUCCUCGGUAUUGCAUGAAGAAGAAGAUAAGGCUUGUAGUGAAUCUGAAGUCAGGAUUUCCCGAAGGAAGUCUCCCUGUCCUCAUGGAGAGGAUUGUGGUGUGACACCUGAGAGUGAAAAUCUCACUUUGUCCUCCUCAGGAGCAAUAGAUCCAUCUUCAUGCACAGGAACACCUCUUUCUUCUACCAUUUCUUCUCCAGAAGAUCCUGUUAGUAGCAGUCUGGCUCAGUCAGUCAUGUCUAUGGCCUCCUCCCAAAGCCAGCACUCCGAAAUCAGCACAGAUACCAUGUCUUCCAUGUCAGGUUCCUACGUAGCCCCCGGCACUGAAGAAGAGGGAGACAUGGCUGCAUCCCCUGCUGUUAUCAGUGAGGUACCUUCAGAAGGAGAUUCAACCCCUGUUGAGUCUCCCGAUGAAAAUUUUGUCAGUAUCUCAGCAGAGGAGCGAGAUGCAGAGGGGAAUGAUGUCAUGGAAGAAGAGGAUGCCUCUCCGACACAGGAAGAUGGCCAAAGGACAGGCGCAUACCUAGGUAUGGAGUGUGACAAUAACAAUGACAUUGGCAACGCAAGCGUGAAAGUUCUGGACAAUAAGGUGUGCUCUGAGGCCCGCUUACCUGAUCUUCCAAUAUCAGCUGACAAAUCUCCGAACCACAGCCAAAUGCUGAGACGCCCCUUCUCUGAUAAUGCUGAUCGGGAUUUUGCUGAAGAUACGCAGUAUAUGUUGGGACCUCUGUGUCCUCGAUAUCACAUUGUUUCAAAGGGAGAAUAAUGAUACUAAACACAUCUUCACAAUGAUAUAAAGAAGAGCAGCAAAGCUGUGGGUAUAAACUUCAUCAAGUACUGCAGAUCAUAUGAUACCUAUUUUAAAUAGCUACAUAAUACUAAGCAUACAAAAUCACUAAUUCAAUGGUUUGUGGUGAUGGUUUGUGUUAAAAUGAACUUGCAGUGAGGAUGGAUGAAUGAACUUGAGAUGAAUGAGUUUGAGAUGGAUUUGAUGAUUGGUGCCUCCAUAAAUUCUCUCUCCCUCUCCUAUUUCUAUCUUGCCAACUCAACCGGCUUUGUAAUCAUUGUUUUCUUUUAUGUUUUUAACCUAACACUUGUUCGGUGAUUGUCAUGACACUGGGUUCCUUAUGCUAGCUAUGAAUUAAUGCCAGGUUAUCUGUUAAGUUCUUAGCAUGUACAUACUAAAUGUGUGAUUGUGAAAAUGUAAUGUAUGCAGAAACAAAUUCACACUUCCAAACCUAUGCAUUGGCAGAGCACCGUGUCUUCUCCACCAGGAAUGAUAAAAUGCAUUUGAUAUUACCUAAUGCCUACUGACGUGAGAAGAAACAUAAUGAUCUGCCUUUUUAUCUAUUCCAGUUUCAUCCUGUAGCCUUUUAAUUAUCUUUCAAACAUGCUCAGUUAGCUGUUCUGAGCCACAUCUGAGGGGCUAAUGCCAAAGAUCUAAUAUCAGUUAUAGAUUAUUCAAGAUCUGGGCUGAAUUGUGGACUGUAACACACAGACAUAAUGCUGUUUCAGGGGAAUUAACAUGCCCGUACAAACAAUACUUUGGCAAAGAAAUAAGUGGUGUCUAGCAGCUCUCUCCAAGUGGAUAAAUAGGUAGUGUAGCUAGCUCUAAUUGAAACUUUCCAAUAGGGAGAUUUCUCUGUAUGAAAAUUCAUACAGAUGUCCCUCUCUUUGAGGAAAAAAAAAGAACUUUAUGUGAAAAUGUGGCUGGGGAAAAUAAAAAGAACUGGCAUAAAAUAGCAAUUUAUUGAGAGAUAUAUUAAAUGCAUUAUUUAUAUGGUGAUGCCACUUGAAUUUCAUGCAUGUUGUUAAAGUCUGUUUAUAUGGGUAAAAACCCUUUAAAGGUGUCUCAUUAUGCAUUUGUUAAUUAACAUGUUAACAUAUUUCCCUUGGUGACGAAUAUAUGAAAAUCAUACCAAAGCAGCAAUGUGAUUUCUUUUACACUGAAAAAAAAUUAUUUGCUUGUUUAUGUAACGAUCAUGCUGCAAUUCUCUUUCCUCUCUCCCCCACAUAUUACUAGCAAUCUGGUGAAUCUCCAGUACAGUUUUUGAAUAUAUGCAUUAAAACUAAUGGACGUUUUACAGUUUUUGAGAUAGGAUCUCUACUGGACUACUGAAACUAUGGACAUAAAUGGCAUUCAAGCAAUUUUUGAAGACAUGGCAGGAGCAAAACUACUAACUGUAGAUGUUUAGGGUUUUUUUUUCUAUUUAAAGCUGCUUUACCUGUCUUUGGGUGCCUACCUAUAGGAGAUUAACCAUAAAAUAACCAUAAAGUCCUACAGCUGGACAAUCUAGUUCCAUUAAUAAUUUAGUGAGAAGGAUUCAUUUAUAAUUUCCAUAGGAAUAAUAGUGGUGGACUGCUUCGUUUUACACUGAAUCCUUGCUUCCAGGUCUUUGUUAAUAAGCUAUAGUAACUGACAAUUCUUCAUAGGGACAUAGAGUUAUUUUCCAAGAGAGACUUUCUGGAUGAUGACCUUGCAUAGCCUCCAAGGGAAGGAGACAAAGUGUACAUCGUCACAUUCUGCAUCAUUCCUUAUCCUCUUUUCAAGGUUAAAAAUGCAAAUCUGCUCAGGUACUAUUAUAUCUUACUUUGCGUAGUCACAUAAGAGCCAAUGGGUGUAUUGCUACAUAGACAGCAUUUCCACUGCAUCCUUGGAUGACUUAAUGAAAAAUACCUAGCUGAGUUUAAAUACGCAUUAACUAAACAAUAAAAAGAAAAAAAAGGAAAAAAAGGAAACAAAGCAAAACUACUCAGCUCUUAUUUUGACUAAAUCUUCUCCAACAAGGAGAUGUUACAAAAGCAACUGUGAAGAACAGAAUAAAGUGACAGGAUUGAGGUUUGAGAGCAAAAGAAACAUUUUUAUUUUUGAAUAAGAAAAUUAAUCCAGUAUCAGUUGAAUUUUAUCCUUGGAUACCAAAGGAACUGGUGGAUGAUGCUGCAUAAUCUUUGAAAAAUCUUGGAGAUCAGGUAAUGUGCAAUGCAGAGGAAAAUAAAUGUUGGCCUCUUCAAAAAGGAGAAGAAGAAGGAUCCAGAGAACUAGAGGUCAAUCUAGUAUCUGAGAAGAUUCUACAACAGAUUGUAAAAUGAUUGAUCCAGUAAUUACCUUGUUUUCAAAAGCCAGCUUGGAUUUGUCAAGAAGUCUAACGUAGCAACCUUGCUACAACAUGAAAUGCCAUAGAUGUAAUUCAGUAUUCUUUAUUUCAAUAAAGAAUUUGAAAAAAGUACCCCAUGAUAUUUUGAUUAGCCAACUGCUUAGUUGUGGAUUUAAUUGUAUAAUAAUUAAGCAGUUGAUUUUAAAAUCAUAUUUAAGAGUAUCCAGCAAUAAUUCCAUAUCAAAUCAAAUGAAUUUUUAUAAAUGAUUGGAAUGAGAAGUGAAAAUUAGAUUAGAAUUCUUUUUUUGCCAAAUGUGAUUGGACAUACAAUGCUUCUCAGGUUUACUGAUAGCAUCUUCAAAGAUAGAAAUAAGGCUUAGAACAAUCUUGACAGAAAUGAAUAAAAAAUAAUAGAUAUAAUAUAAUAAGAAAAAUAAUGGAUCACAAAAUAAUAGAAUGAAAUUUAAUAUAUAAGUGCGCUGUCACAAAUUUUAUUCAGCAGGUGAUGUUGCUGCAAAAAAAGGCAACAUAAAUUUUAGAUUUUAUGUAAGUAUAAGUAUCAAAUUAUUAAAUUGCAGGAAGUAAUUGUUCCAUUUUAUUAUAGUCCGAUCUUAUCUAGACUAUCAAUUCCAGUUCUUGAUACUGAACAUUAAAAAUGAUUAAAAUAAAAUGCAAUAAGUUCAAAGAAAGCAAUGAGAAUGACCAGGAAGCUGGAAAUGAAGACCCGUGAAAAGAGGAAUAGAGAAUGAUUGACCGAGGACAGAUAACUAGGAAGAAAAGAGCAUCCUCAAAGGCCUGAAAGGGUGUCCCAGAAGAAGAUCAAUUUCCGUUCUUUAUCCUUUUAGAAUACAGGACAUGUAAUAAUGAACUUAAAAAGAGUUCAGUUGAACGUUAGGAAAAGCUUGGAAGAAGUGGGUUCCCCUUUACUGCAUGUGCAAAGUGGAUGCCAGACAGCCGUCUGUCAAGAAUUCCUGCACUGAGCAGGAGAUUGGAUUUGAUGGACUAAAUGGCCCCUCCUAGUUCUUUGAUUUUAUGAACAAUAUUGAUAGUAUUUUGAAAGUCCAACAACAACAGCAACAAACUAACAUAAAACCUUGGAUAAUUAUUUUCAGCUUGAAUGAGCUUCAGGGGCAUUCAGAAUAGUGUCCCUUGAAGUGACUAAGUGGAUCUGGAGUCUUCACAUGGUUUGGUACAGCUGGUGAACACCCAUAAAACUAUUCUGUCCUAUGAGCAUGACUUUGUCCAACUGUUCGCAUUCUUCAUUUAGAAAUCUAGGCAAAAGUACAUUUUCUCAAGCUUACCUCACCUUUUAUGUAGUAUGCCUGUAAAAUAUCCAUAUACUGAAACAAUGCCUGCGAUUAGGACAAAUAUUGACAAAGAUCAUGGGGUUGGCUUAGGCAAUAUGUAUAUACUUCAUUCUGUUCUCACCAAUACUCUUGAAAUGUGUGGUCCUAAUGUUCAGGCAUCUCUCUAAAGACCGUAAUAAUGGUAAUCAAAUGGCGGGGAAAGAAAUGGCCCAGCAAGGCCAUUUUAAAAUGUAGCUUUCUCUUGUAGCCUUUUUCUCUCAGGGACGAAGGCCAUAUUUCAUGCACCCCUCCUAGCCAGUUUUUGUUUUUGUGAAAACAGAAAUUGUCACAUGCAGAAAUUGAGCCCAUCUGAAAUAGGUUGAUGAGCAAAGAGUGGAAGCAGAUAAGCAAGUGGAACCUCACUCAGGACUGCAGUUAUAUUUGACUCUGGGCAAUGAAGAAUGAAGCCCUCUGGAUACACUUAUGUGCACCUCAAUGACAAUGAUGCAAUAUGUAUUUAGGAUUGCAUGACUCUUUUAAAGAGUGAAUAAAACUGUUUACAAUGGAAAGAAA